UGGCUGAUUCCCCCUAAUACAGACACAGUCGUCAACGGUUCGCAUAUUAGAAAAGGAAUAAUACUACAAUGAUUCGGGAAGAUUUUGAAAUCGAAUACGGAUGCGAAAAAUUUGUUGCAUUUUGAGAUUACAUCGGUCGAGUGUUUCGUGAGUUUUGGUUAUGUUUUAAAACAGUUAAUUACAAUUCAAAACCUCUAAUAGCCGGCAGCAAGUAUCUGAUAGUCAAAUUCAAGAAAGGAUUUUGUUUUAAUAAGUUUAGAUAAAAAAAUGGCUCCGAAUAUAACCAGCACACCGACGGGAGUACUCUUCGAGGGCGAGACUAUAACUGAGACGCAACUGAUAAAGGAACCGAAAGAAAAACCCAAAUACGUCAGGCGUAUUGUUUGGAGGAAUGUGACAAUUUUCUCGUUUUUACAUCUCGGCGCUCUUUUCGGAGUUUAUCUCUCGUUUACAUCCGCCAAAUUAGCGACCGUUGUUUUCGCAAUCUUGUUAUAUCAAUGCAGCGGCUUCGGAAUCACAGCCGGAGCUCAUAGAUUAUGGGCACACAGAUCUUACAAAGCCAAGUGGCCUCUCCAGCUGCUGCUUAUGAUUUUUAAUACUAUAGCGUUCCAGGAUGCCGCGAUCGUUUGGGCUAGAGACCACAGAGUUCACCACAAAUACAGCGAGACCGACGCCGAUCCGCAUAAUGCUACGAGAGGUUUCUUUUUCUCGCACGUAGGCUGGUUGCUUGUUAAGAAGCAUCCUGAGGUGACGGAAAAAGGCAAGGGAAUCGAUUUGAGCGACCUCGAGAGCGACCCUAUACUGGCAUUCCAAAAGAAAUAUUAUGUCGUGCUAAUGCCAUUCUUAUGUUUCGUUUUGCCUACUGUCAUUCCAGUCGUGUGUUGGAAUGAGACGUGGUUGAACGCUUAUUUUAUUCCCACCGUUUUGCGUUACAUUUUCACGUUGAAUAUGACGUGGCUGGUAAACUCCGCAGCCCAUAUGUUCGGCAACAAGCCUUACGAUAAAUACAUCAAUCCGUCAGAGAACAAAGGUGUUGCGAUAUUCGCCCUCGGCGAGGGUUGGCACAAUUACCACCAUGUUUUCCCAUGGGAUUACAAGACGGCCGAGUUCGGCAAUUAUAGUUUCAACUUUACGACGGCCUUUAUCGACUUCUUCGCGAGGAUCGGUUGGGCCUAUGACCUGAAGAGCGUGUCCGAGGACAUGGUAAAAAAACGCGUGGAAAGAACGGGCGACGGUAGUCACGAGGUGUGGGGCUGGGGCGAUAAGGAUCAGACGCAGGAAGAGAGAGAUCAGGCGGUAGUGACGCACAAUCAUACAAAAGAUCAGUAAGGUCGCGUGAGAGAUUCGCGACUAGGAUGUAAAGCUUCUCUCUCCAAAUUUAUCCACAGUUAAUCCGUUCCAUAAAAAUUCCAUAAAGGAUUUCAUGCAGUGAUUCGAUCGAGCCGGUCUUUCGGGACUUGCGUCUCGACCGUCGCGUCUCUCGACAUGUUAUCGCACGAUUAUAUGACGGGUUUCAUAUAAUAUCCUCAGAAGACUCGGUAUCGAGCAGGAAGUAUCUCGAUUUCUCAUAAUGUCGGUGGUGUUCUGGAUCGCGGAUGCCGUACUAACUCGGUAAAAUCUUUUUCAUCUACUCUCGAGAUAAAUCAAACUGCAUUUAUAAUUAUUCGUAAUAUGUACUGCUAUUACAUAAUUGUUGAACCGUUUUUAUUCAGGGGGUUAUACAGGUUUUUAAUAUGUGAUCGUAAUCAAGAAUACAUACAUUUAUAUAUAUGUACUAUUGAGAUACGAAUCAAAUAUAUUUUGUACUGUUGCCAAUGAAAUAACACAUAAAUUUACUGUAAUACUGCGUGAAAAUGAGAAAUGCAGAAAUAUAAAUUUAUUUUAAGGUAUAUACAGUAAUAUAAAAUAAUAUCAGGAUACACGCGUAUCGAAAUUGCGCGAGAAUCCGAUAUUUAAUAUAAAUAUAAAUUAUUUCUACUAAUAUACGACCAAAUUGUUGCUCAAUUUUAAUAUUACCUGUUAGAUAACCAAAUUUUCUACGUUAGAAGUUCUCGAUCAAAAUAAAUAAUUCGAUCUUUAAUAUGCAAAUCUAAUUAAUUUUUAUAUGAUACCGCUUUAUCAAUCAAAACUGACUUCGGAUAGUAUCAUAUCGUCCAGAACAUCAGCGAAACUUUUGAUCAGCGAGUACAAAAAUUGUGUGUGUUGUUUACUUCUUUUUUUUUCUUUAUUUAUAGAAUACAUAUUAUGAGUGACCAAAAUUCUUUCUCAGUGCGAUAAAAUAUUAUUUGCUUUAUCAUAUUAAUAUUGAAUGCAUUGUGCGUUCUUUUUCCAUUUCCUAUUAAAACUUAGCACGCUUAGGUUAAUUUGUAGAUACUGAUAGAUUCAGGUAAUUUAUUUAUAUAAUAAAUAAAUCUUGUUUGUGUUGGUAGGAAAAAAAGAAAUUUAUAACAAACAUUUACGUAAUAGUAAUAAGGAUUGCGUUAACUAAAGCUAGCGUAAUCAAUUAUGAUAUAGUCGCGACGUAAUGACACAUAUUUAUACUAACUUGUUGUUCCUUUUCUUUCAGUUAAUAUAACGUAAGAUUCUAAAUGUAAUUGCUGCGGCGUUAUCAAUUUGUGAUGUAAAAGUACGAGAAAACAAGCAAUUGUGAUUAUUAACGAAACUUGCUUUUCACUUCCUUACGCAUAAGCUAAGGAAUAUGAUUCUGAUGAUGAUGAUUCUAUGAAAGAAAUAUAAGAAAAUUUCUUUAGCAUUUUUCAUAGUCUAUUAUGUGUUUUUGCCUUAGAAACGUGCAUUGAAUUGAUUUAUAUAAAAUGAGCCUUCCUUAUUUUUAUUUUGCCAUAAUUUUGUAAAAAUAACACGCUUGUCAACGAAGUUGUAUAUUACGUUACUAACACCGUACAUUUUUACUUGCUUUAAAUUUAUUUUUUGAUGACGCCUGACAAUCGCUCUUAGUGUAUUUGUCUUCAAACUGAUAUUAUAACAGAUAUAUAAGUUGUAA